UUGACCUCCAGUUGAACCAGCACCAUUUGCUGAAAAUGCUAUCUUUUUUCCAUUGGAUGGUUUUGGCUCCUUUGUCAAAAAUCAAGUGCCCAUAGGUGUGUGGGUUCAUUUCUGGGUCUUCAAUUCUAUUCCAUUGGUCUAUCUGUCUGUCUAGAGACUAUUUUUAAUAUUAAAAUAUUGUCAAGACUCUGGUCCUUCCUGAGUCUCUUGAGAAGGGAUCCUUUCUUGUUCCACAUAGCUUCUUUUGGUUGCCUGUAACCCUAGGUGUAUUUGCCUUAUAGAGGGAUCAUUCGAGACUGUUCUCACAUGGCAUUUCCCCAUGUGUUAAUACAUGCAUACAUAUGUGCGUGCGUGUGUGCAUGCCCAUGUGCGCACACUUUUGCAUAUUUCACAGUCUUAUUAAGGGUAGCAGACAUUGGAAUUAGGAUUAUUUCAAACCAGUAUUAGUUCAUUGCAGCUGUGUGUUAGUUAACUUUCCAUGACAGUAACAAAAUUCCUGAGAUAUACCAAGAAAGAGUAUUUUAUUUUGGCUCAUGGUUUUGGAGGUUUCACUCCAUGUCCAGUCAGCUCAAUUGGCCCUGUGAUGAGGAAGUAAUGUAUCCUGGCAGGCAGGGAGUGUUUGGUGGAUCAAGCUCCUUGCUUAGUGGCUUGUGAGCUUAAAGUGCUGCACUCCAGAGCUUCUUUAAGGGUGCUUGCCCAGUGAUCAAAACUUCCCUCUAGACCCUGCCUUUCAUUCUUUUUGUUGGAGACAGUCUCUCAUGUAGCCCAGGCAGUCUUUGAACUUGUAGUAUAGCCAACUUCAGCUUUGUGUUCCUGAUCCCCCUUGUCUGUGCCUCUUAAGUGUGUGAUGGCAGAUCUGUGCCAUUAUGCAUGGCCUAGGCCCUUAAAAGCCUUUACUACCUUCAAGCAGUGCCAAGUUAAGGACCCAAGCCUUUAGCACAUGGGCCUUUGGGAACACCUAAUACCUAAACUACAAUCUUCACAGACUCUAUUUACAGAUAAAAUUACUCUUCUGAGUACCAGAGGUUAGGACCUCAGUACAAGGUCUUGGGGUCAGUGUGACUCCCAGCAGAGGGCGAUAGCUCAAGGUUGUCAUCAAUUUAAGCCAUUGCCACGCAGUAAUCUGCAAUGCUUUUAACUACAUGAACACUUAACUAGUAUUUAUGGUUUGCCUGUUUUGUGCCAGACCCUGUAUUUGAUGCUGGAAAAUAAAUAGGGCCACCUUCCCUGGACUCGAAGCCCUGUGGAAACAGAAAAAUAGCAAAGCAAACAACUAGAACAGAAACCAACUGCACAGUAUGCUAACAACUAAUCGAUAUAGCAUGAGCGCAGAUUGUUUUUAGAAGAGCUCUUGCAGCGCUUCAAACCCUGUGGUAGAUGGAAAUUUAUAGCAACCGUGAUUAAGUAUGGUAAGGUAUUGUCAGGAAGAGGCUUUGUUUGUACCUCUGAGAGGAAUGUGAGACAGACAUGCCAGACAUGCAGGAUGUCAUCGCUCAGCUCGCUUUGGAAGCAGUGACAACCAGUGUGCCUACUCACAUGCAGUACACCCACAGACCCCUGUGCGCAGAAGUGCUACAGGUGGAUAUGAAACAUCAGAGUGUGGCAGUUGUACCCAGCUGAGGACUCAGCUUUCAAGGAGAGGAGAAGGCCUGGGCAAUAGCAGCUGACAGUCUCCAUGGGAAAAUAGUCUCAUAGGUAAUUGGAAGCCAGCAAGGUGUAUCCACUAGGAACCAGGCAGUAGACCCAUAGGGAGGGACAGGAGAAUCAGAGGUGGUAAUACAGAGGGACAGACUUCUGUUCCAAUGCAGCCACUGCAUUGAAAGGAGAAAGCACUUUUAUAUUGGUUUGGGUUAUUACUCCUGGAACGUCACUCUUUUCAGUAAAUGAGAGAAAUUUGCAUUUGAAAUGAAGCCUUCCUAAAUAUAUUUGUUUUAAUAAUGACUUGGGAAGACUUUUUCAUUUUAGCCAAUUGGGGAGAGGGGUGUGACCAUGUAUUUCUUUUAUUUGACCCACACAGCUGCCUCUCUCCUUCUUUUUUGAUUGUUUAAUACAGACUCCCAUUUUGCAGCCCUUUUGCCUCCUGCCGUGCCUCUCUGUCCUGAGUACUGCUAUUGCAGACUCUCAGCAUUGUCAUUCAGCUAGCCCAUCUAACUUACAUGUUCUUUUCUUUCUGAUUUUCUAGACUGAAAGAAGGUUGGUAGGCGUGUAUAUAUCUGUGUGUAUAUGUGUGUAUGUAUGUGCAAACAUGAGUGCAGAUACCCACAGAGUCCAGAAGAUGGUAUCAGAUCCCUUACAGCCGUAGUUCUAGGUGGCGCUGGGAACCACUAAUGUGGGUGUGGAAAUCAAACUUAGGUCCUCUAGAAGAGCUGCAAGUGCUCAUAACCACCGAGUCACCUUGCCAGCCAUUUCUUUCCUCUUUAAAGUGUGUGUGUGUGUGUGUGUGUGUGUGUGUGUGUGUGUGUUGUGUGUGUGUGCACUCAAGUGCUGUGGGAAAAUAUAGUGAGUGAGAUCAGAGGACAGCCUAUAGAAGUCAGUUCCGUCCUUCCACCAUAUGGGUUUUGGGAUUGGAACUCAGGUUGUCGGGCUUAGCAACAAAUACAAUUGUGCUGCUAAAUCAUCUUACUGGUUCUUUUAAAAAAGUAUAUAUCCACAUAUCAGAGAAAACGUGAUUUUUCAGUCAGACAUUCAAUAUAUUCUUAAGUUUCCUCCAUUUUUCUGCAAAUGGCAUGAUUUGUUUAUGGCUGAAUGGCACUCUGUUUUGUAUAUUAGCACAUUUUAUAUGUAAAUCAAUCAAUUGUGGACAGACAUUUAGGCUGAUUCCAUAAUUUGGCUGUUGUGAAUUAACAUGAAUGCAUUGGUAUUUGAGUUAUAUAUUCUGAUUCCUUCAGAUGAGUAACUCAGAGUAGAACUUCCUUCCUUCCUUUUUUUUUUUUUUUCUUGUUAUUUUUUAUGUGAGGAAUCUUCAUGCUGAUUCCUGUAGCUAGUCUACUGAACUUGAUUCCCACUAACCAUCCUCUCAUACCCCAUUCUCUGCAUCCUGGCCAGCAUUUAAUGUUUUAUGUUUUAAUGAUGCUAGCUUCUGACUAGAGUAACAAGGACUCUCAAUGCAGUUUUUGUUUUUAAGAUUUAUUUUUAACACUUCCUGUCUCCUCCAUCUCUGUCUCUGUCUCUGUCUGUCUCUGUCUGCCUGUCUCUCUGCCCCCCCCCUCCUCCUGUGUGUGUGUGUGCCAUAUAUAUGUAGGUGCCUACCUAAGAAUGCCAGAAGGGGGUGAUUAAAAAUACUAAUUAAAUAGAAGAAUAAAUAAAACUAAAAAGUUGUGGUUUUGUGAGUUUGUUUCUGGGUCCUCUGUUUUGUUCCACUGAUCUCCAUGCCUGCUGUUAUUCCACUUGUCUCCUGGUUUUGUUCCUGUGGCUCUCCAGUUCAGUUUGACAUUGGCUAUUGAGCUGUCUUCAGCACUGGUUCUCUUCUCUUCCUGCAUUGCCAACUCACACUCUUUCUUCUGUGUUGUGCAUCUGUGUGACUUGAACUCAGAGCCUCACGAAUGUCCCUCUGGGUUGUACCUCUGCCCUGCUCUGGGUGCUCCUCACACUGGUUCCAUCAAACCCAUUACACAAUGUAGUUUGCACUGGGCGUGGUCACUGUACCUUAGAGCUGCCAGCUACUCAGAAGGCUGAUGCAGAAAGAUUGCUUGAGCCCACAGGUUCAGAGCUGGUUUGUUAGGAUGCCCUGCCUCCUAAGAGCAACUGUCCAUCCGUCUGUCUGUGUACUCCAGUUUGUAUACACAGUUCAUUAGAUACAGUGUGUACCGCUUUUACAGCUGUCAUAAAACUUUUAUAACUUACUCAGAAUUGUCAUGGUUUUUUGAAUUAUUUGUUCUGAUUUAUGUACAACAAGGUGAAAACACUGGUUACAAGGUGAAUUAAGGUCUUAUUAGGGCUGGGGCUGGGGCUUCAUCAUGUAUGCUUGUCUAGCAUUUAUAGGCCAUGUCCAACUCCGAGUUCUGCAGAAAAUACCACAGAGAUCUUAGCAGUGAGUACGACAAGCACAGCUUGUCCAUUUUGUAUAAUGAUGGGAUUAUCAUAUUAGGUUUGUGGAAAUUAGAAUGGAAAUAAUUCCUCAUGGUAAAGAAUAGGAUUCAUUUUUCAGAAAACAAGAAAAAAUAACCCAUAUUUUCUGUUGAGAAGAGAUUGUAAAGAGAAGAAGCACUGUAGAUAGUUUUCUGCGAUGCAUUUUGUGAAAGGAAAACUUAUUAACACAGACUAUAGGUAAGAUAUAAAAUGAAUUUUUCCCGUGGCACAAAAGACUGAAUAGAAACACAGUGUUUCAGAACUGUAUUGGAGCAGACACUUGGAAGAUUAAGCCUAUGUCUAGAAGAGUGAAAAUGGCAGUAAGCAGAUUAGUCAUGUGUGCAUGUUCAGAACUUAUACUUUGUCCUCAGAAUAAUGGAUUUUAGGAUCUGGCCAGACCAAUAUCUUGCUGUGUAUUGAUAGCAGCCAUCAUGUAGGUGAAGCGUGGUUUUCUCAAUGGCGGAUGAAGUCAUCUUCCGAGUCUUUUAUUGUGGUGCUGUAUGGUGUAGAGAGCUGAACUUGAAUCCAGGCUUCUAAAUGCAAUAUUCUUUCAUCGUCCCUUCUGCCCCCAAUGAUAUACUGUUCAGUACUUUCACUUUAAGGAGUUGCUACUAGAUGUUUUAAUAAAUUUAAUGAACUUUAAGUAGUCUUUGGUCUCAUAUAUAUUUGUAAUCUAGUUAAUAAAAUAAUGUCAGUUCUGUGGCAUGCCUGGUCAGUUUAGAAUAUCAGUCUGUGAUUGCUUGUGUUCUGUGGUUUAUUUAAUUAUUUCUCUCCAGGUGGAAUAAUACUCCAGAAUAGUGUGAACAUAGUAUUUACCUUUAUUGGUUUUAAUUAUAUAUAUAUAUAUGCGUAUGUAUGUAUGUGUGUAUGUAUGGGUGCCCACAUUGGCCAGGGGUAACAGAAUCCCUUGCAGCUGGAGUUACAGAUUGUUGUGAGCCGGCUCAUGAAGGUGCUUGGGAACUGAACUGUCAAGUCCAGGUCUUCUGCAUAGAAGUAUGUGACCUUAACUGCUGAGUCAUCUCUUAAGUCCCUCAGUGUUUCUGAAAAGGUUUUUUCAUACAAUGUAUUUUGAUCACAGUUUCUCUUCCUGUUACCUAUAUUUAAGGAUAGACCUAGCAGUGGAUAGCCAACAAGAAACAAGCCCAGUGGUAUUGUUUAGACAUCUCAUAUUGCUUGUUUGGGUGUUUUUUGUGUAAUUGGUAUUUUGCUUAUUAUGGUUUCUAAUUUUUGUGUUUUUAUAGAUUUUGUUUUCUUUUAUGUAUGUGUUUCGUGUUUUUAAAAUUCUGGUUUGUUUAUUUUUGACUGUUUACUUGUUUGUUUUCUAAAGAGGGGAUAUAUAGACUCAGGUGAAUAUGAGUUAAAGAAUUUAAAAUUAAAAAAAAUAUUUUAUGUGUGUGGAUUUUUUAUGUCUCUUCCCUGCUUGAAUGCCCGAUGCCCACUGAGGUCAGAAGAGGGCAUCAGAUGCUCUGGAACUGGAGUUCCUGAUGGUUGUGAGCAACAGUUCAAGUGCUUAGAAUCAAACCCAGGUCCUUUUUGAAGACUAGUUGAUGCUUUCACCCAGCAAGUCCCCUCUGCAAUCCCUAAGAAGUCCUGUACCACCACAUGGUAGAAAUCUCGGUUUGCUUAUUUGAAGUGCUUCCAUGGAACCCAGUGUCUCAUGCAUGCAAGGUUGCUCUCUGAUUCUCAACAGCUGGACAUUUUAAGAAAAGCAAGAUCUUACAUAAAACAAGAAAAAUUUGAUGACGUAGUGUCCCUCUGUGAGGAGCUGAUUGAUCUGGCCCUGAGAGGAUUGUCCUAUUAUCACACUUACGACAGACUGUUUCUGGGUAUCAGUGUUGCAGUUGGGUUUGUGGGAUGGACAUCGUAUGCUUCCUUGUUAAUCAUCAAGUCUCAUUCUGAUAUCCCACGAGGCACUAGGAGGGAAGGGAAGAAGCCACACCAUCUUCUGCCCUGUAGCUUCAUAGUUGCUGGUGUCUUAGUAGCAUGCUUCCUGAUGAUCCAAGCCUGUCCCUGGACUUACUAUGUGUAUUGCUUGCUGCCGGUGCCAAUAUGGUAUGCAGUUCUAAAAGAACGUGAAGUUAUUCAAGCCCUGGUUGAGUCACUAUUGGCUUUUCCUCUGAGCCGUUUUGUCGCCUACUUGCUUGUCUUUACCCUGGGCAUUGAAGUACUGGUGCUCAGUUUUUUCUACCGCUACAUGUUGACAGCUGGACUGAUUGUGUUUGCAGGUUGGCCAUUUCUCACUCAGCUGUGGACCCGAGCAAAGAUCACCUGCCUGAGUUGGGCUUUCUUCUCUUUGCUUCUGGCAGUGUUCCCACUGAUGCCUGUUGUGGGUAGAAAGCCAGACCUUUCUCUAGUAAUGGGUGCCGGAUUGCUUGUUCUUCUGCUGUCGCUGGCUGUUCUAGCAACCCUCGUAAAAAGAAAACUUAAUUUGGUAAAGGACGAGCUGUUGGUACUUCUGUUACAGGUGCUGAGUACAGUGCUCUCUAUGUACGUUGUGUACAGUACCCACCACAGUCUGUUAAAGAAAGAAGGCCUGCCUCUUCUGAAUCAGAUUGUGAGCUGGGCAACGCUAGCCUCUUCUCUGGUGGUGCCUCUCCUGAGCCCCACAGCCCUCUGGCAGCGGCUGACCAGCAUACUUCUUUCCUUGAUGUCGACCUACUUGCUGCUAAGCACGGGGUAUGAAGCUCUCUUUCCGUUAGUGUUGUCCUGUUUGAUGUUUGUCUGGAUACACGUGGAACAAGAGACCCUUCAACAGUCUGGUGUUUCCUGUAAACAAAAGCUUGCCAGUAUCCAGUUCACCUACAAUACUGAUAUAACUCAGUUCCGACAGCUCUGUUUGGAUGACAUCCGUAGGGCCUUUUUCCUUGUUUUCUUUUUAUUAACUGCAUUUUUUGGAACUGGAAAUAUAGCUUCUAUUAACAGCUUUGACCUUGCCUCUGUGUAUUGCUUUCUGACUGUGUUUAGUCCUUUCAUGAUGGGAGCGCUCAUGAUGUGGAAGAUUUUAAUUCCUUUUGUUCUUGUGAUGUGUGCUUUUGAAGCAGUUCAGAUAACUACACAGCUGUCAUCAAAAGGCCUUUUUCUUGUCGUUCUUGUCAUAUCAGACAUCAUGGCUUUGCAUUUUUUCUUCUUGGUCAAGGAUUCUGGCAGCUGGCUUGAUAUUGGAACAAGCAUCAGCCACUAUGUGAUUGUCAUGUCCAUGACCAUCUUUCUGGUGUUUCUUAAUGGCCUGGCACAAUUGCUCACAACAAAGAAACUCCAACUGUGUGGCAAGCCCAAAAGCCAUCUCAUGUGAUGUUGGUGAAGCCGUCAGUCAGCAUCUGCAUUCUGUUUCUCCUUCUUAAAGAAAAGUCCCACCAAGGAUUCAAGAAAAUGGAUAUUGGACCAGCAAGAUGGCUCAGCUGGUAAAAGUGCUUGUUGCACAAACUGACAACCUGAGUUUGAUCCCUGAAACCCACACUGGAAGGAGAAAACAGACUUUCAAAGGCUCCAACUUUGGCCUCCGAGUACAUGCUGUGACACACAUAUACCAUGUACUUGCAUACAUGUCAUGCACAUAUAUAUCACACACAUACAUGUUAACACUGCAGUUUUAAGAGACGAUGGAUAAUAAUGCACAGUACGUUCUCUUCUAGAGAAUGUUGCAUCUGGCAUUCUGGAUUUACAGGUGUUCUGAAAUAAUAGAGCUUCCUGUUUCUUUUGGUUAACACAGAAUAAUGAAUUCCUUAUGACACUUCCAAGGGGCUUCUUUUCUCUUUGGGUAUUACAGGCUAGAAAUGAUACUGGUAUUAUAUGAUUUUUAUUGGUUUUUCUCUUGUUUGACAGCUUUUCCCAGUAAUGUUUGAGGGCACCUGCAGUCCUUUGCUCCUCACUAUCAUCUUCAUGUACCUGUGGGGGUGGUACUGAUGCUCUCCAAAGUCAUCCCCAAGUAUGGACUGAGGGAACCACAGGUUACAACACAAACCCCAGCGUUGGCUCACUUUUGUGGUAUCUGACUGCUGGAGUAUAUGAUGAGUAAGACAGGUGAGGCUGCAAUCUGGGAUUCACUGAGCCUCAAGGCCAAGCUGUCUGCCAUCUUUGCCAUUUCUGCUCCUGCAGUAUAUUGGCUUGUGCCUCUAAGCUUUCACCUUUACGUUUUGUCCAUUUCUGGAUUAUCUUCAAACUCUGGGGCACUCUGCAGCUUUCUUGGUUAUUGUUUCAGUAUCACUCCCCAAAUCAAAGGCUGUAGUUUCCUAACAGUAUCAUAAAGAUUCAAAUCAAAUUGCUACUCUUUUUUUUUUUAAUCUUUAUUAACUUGAGUAUUUCUUAUUUACAUUUCGAUUGUUAUUCCCCUUCCUGGUUUCCAGGCCAACAUCCUCAAAUUGCUACUCUUUUGUCUUGAUAUUCUAGCCAGACCAAAGGCCAGCCGUCCCAUUGGAUUGAGCAUUUUUCCCUUUGUAUAUUCCAGUGUAUGAAGCAAUUUGAAUAAUUUUUAUUUGGGUUUUCCAUAAAUUGACCAUACAGUAUAGAGUUGCCUAUAGAAUACUUGAAGUACUUGACUGAUAUUUUGCUGGUAUAUAUCCGAUUUAAAAGAUAGUUGCUUUUGAUUCGUUAUAUCAUUCUAGUCUACACUGAUGAACAAAAAGCUCUUUACAAGUUAUUAAAUUUUUCAAAUUGGUAGAUGAGGAAAUAUGUAUCUAGAAGAGUAAGCUCAGAUAAGCAAAAUAUACUUUAUUUUCUACUUAUAAGGCAGGAAACGCACUGUACUGCAUUUAACAAGAAGUACCAGUCCUAACACAGGCCUUACCAUCACUGUGGAGCAGUCUGUGUGGCAGCUCCAAGGAUCUGCUGCAGCAAUGCUCACAUGGGCAGAACCAGGACCCAGCUACCUUCCUAGACCCUCAGGUGGCUUCUGAUCCCACUGUAUGAACACUUACCAUUUAACUUGUACAAUUUAAUUUACAGUCCUCUUCUACAGUGGAAUCAGUGCAUUGUUAGGGGUUAAUUUUAAGUAAGUAAGUAAGUGUGUGUGUGUGUGUGUGUGUGUGUGUGUGUGUGUGUGUGUGUGUGUGAACAUGUGAGCACAGGUGUCCUCAGAGUCCAUAAGAGGGUAUUGGAUCCCUGAAGCUGUAGUUAACAGGUUGUGAGGUUGUGAGAUGCAUAACAUGGGUGCUAAGACCCAAACUCAGGUCCUCUGCAUGAAUAGUAUUUACUUUUUAAGUACUGAGACAUCUCUCCAACUUCAUAAUUAAUGUUUUCAGGCCAACAUCAGAAAAGGUCCUUGUAUUUUAAAUUGUGUUCUCCAAAGUACUUUCUGACCUCUGGGUUGCUGCUUCCAGUCUGUAGAAGGCACUGCUUCUGCACCUGUGGUGCUCCCUGCUGUGCUCAGCCUGACACAUUCGCUGGGGUUGUACCCUUCGUCUGGUACAGGGUUUCUCAUAACUUACAUUUUUACAUUGAAUAGCAGAAUUAAAUGAUAUUUAGGCAACAUUUUUAUUUUUUAAGGCAUUUUUUUCCAUUUUCUUAACAUUAUACUAGGUUUCAAAAUGAAAACCUAUGAGAUAUGCCAGUCAGCAUUGUUUAAAUUAGGAAGCGUUUUAGGGAAGUGGGCAUAAACUGGGCAUGGUGCCAGAUAUCUGUAAUUCCAGAACUAGGGAGGUUUAGCAGGAGUUCAUGAGUUGAAGGCCAUAGAAAAUUAGACAACAUCCUGUCCCUGCUUCUAAAACCCUGUGUUAAAAAGGAUUAAAGUAGGUAUCUCAAGGUGAAAAAAAUUAAAAUAUCGAAUGAAGAUGAAAAACAUACUGUUAUAUGAAUCAUGAAUGAAUCUUUGCUAUUGACUGUAAUGGUUAUAAUUUGCCAAUAAAUUCUUUGUAUUUUAUUAUUUAGUGUAUAAAGUCUUAGAACACAAAGUGCUUUCUUUCAUUAGAAAAUUUUGUUACAAGCCGGAUGUGGUGGCACAGGCCUGUCUUUAGUCUCAGAAGUUUAGAAAGCUGAAGAGGAGGAUCACACAUUCAGAGUCAGCAUAGACAACACAUGUUACGGGAGGCCCUAUGUUAGGUAACAGUGAUGGCUUAGGGGACUGUUGUAAUGGCUGUAUGUAAAGAGUGGUGUAACCUAAUUAUCAGGGAACUGAACUAGAAAGUGACUCAUUAGUUACAGUGUGGCUUCUCAAGAAGACUCAUUCCAGAUUUCAUGCUACUUACACAUCAGGCCUCCUCCCUGCCACCCCCUGCACGCUUACAUACUGUUAGCAGUCAGGGCUUCCUUUCUUCUUCCUUUUGAAAGUACUUCUAAUGCUAGUAGUUCAGCGGGCAGUGAAGUGCUGCACGGUCCUGCCUCUAGAGAGGGGCAGCAGCUAAGUGUUCCCUUCUCCUUGUGGGAGCCGAGUGAACCUUUAGACCCUUUAGAUGCCAUCUCAUCAGGAAGCUAGAGAGAAGGACAAUGCACCAACUCAGUAAUGGAGAGUUCCCAUGUCUCACUAGUGCUCAGGAGCCUUUAAGAGACCAAAGGUAACUUGGCCAGGGCUCUCCUUUCCUCAGUAGUUCAUUAUCCAAUGGUGCCCUCGUCCUCUCUAACAUGCUUCAAAGUGCAUAAGAUUGUUGUGCUGGGUACUUUCAGUUCCUGGUAAUGUCAUGGUAGCAUUUCCCAUUUCUGUCCUGGUAUAAUGUAUAACAAUAGAUUUUGUUGAAGUGUAAUUCUAUAAAGAAAUAAAAAUAUUUGAGAUGUAUCGUCACUAAUUUUCUCUAGUACACUAAAAUAGACUGUUAAUGGACUCACCAUUAGAAUUUUAUUAUUUAUGUGCACAAACAGGGUUUUGAGAAUUGUUUCAAAGCAUCAGAUGUUGAUAAAUAUAUGAUAGUAAAAGGGUUCCUUCCUGAGGCGUUUGGGAAACAUCUAGGUUAGAAAGGUUUAGAGGUGCAUUUAUUUCAUCUGAUAGUUAGUGAGAUUGAUUUAUGCAUGAUGCCACAGCUUCCAUAUGCCUGGCAGCAGAGUAUUUUCUCCAUCCUGAUGGGUAGGACUUUUCCACACAAUUUUUACAAAUGGGUGUUUUAUAUUUAAUUGAAACUUUUCCUGGCAACUGGUAAAGUGUGUUUAUUAUAACUGUUGAACUGGGAAAACUUGAGAACACACUGGGGAUUUUACCUGUAUAUCACUGUCUGUCUCUGUUGGACUUUCUUCUCUUUUGCAUCCUUAUCCUGAAAAAGUAAAAUCACAACUCUCAA